AUGAUGGAGGAAGGGCCCCCCAACUCCAGCCAUGGCCAGCAAGGGCGGUUCGCGGCCAGGAACGGCAGCGCCGGCUCCUUGGACCUGGAGUCGGUGGUGCAACCCCUCGCCUUGAACCCGUGGGAUGUCAUCCUCUGCAUCUCCGGGACCAUUAUCUCCUGCGAGAACGCUAUCGUGGUGGUGGUCAUCUUCUACACCCCGGCUUUCCGGGCUCCUAUGUUCCUCCUCAUCGGGAGUUUGGCCACGGCCGAUCUCCUGGCCGGUUUGGGGUUGAUCCUACAUUUCGCCUUUGUCUACUUCAUCCCGUCGGAGGCGGUCAGCCUGCUCACAGUGGGGCUCCUGGUCACCUCCUUCACAGCCAGCGUCAGCAGCUUGCUGACCAUCACCAUUGACCGUUACCUGUCCCUCUACAACGCCCUGACCUACUACUCGGAGCGGACGGUCACCAGGACUUACAUCAUGUUGAUCCUCACCUGGGGAGCCUCCAUCUGCUACGGGCUCCUGCCCAUCAUGGGCUGGAACUGCCUGAAGGAGCCCUCCGCCUGCAGCAUCGUCAAGCCCCUGACGAAGAACCACCUCAUCAUCCUCUCUGUCUCCUUCUUCAUGGUCUUUGCGGUGAUGCUCCAGCUCUACGUGCAGAUCUGUAAGAUCGUCUGCCGGCACGCCCACCAGAUCGCCGUCCAGAGACAUUUCCUGGCCAGUUCCCACUACGUCACCACCCGAAAAGGCAUCGCCACCUUGGCCGUCAUCCUGGGCACCUUCGCUUCGUGCUGGCUGCCCUUCGCCGUUUACUGUCUCCUGGGGGAUUACAGCUACCCGGCCCUCUACACCUACGUCACCCUCCUCCCCGCCACCUACAACUCCAUGAUCAACCCCGUCAUUUACGCCUUCAGGAACCAGGAGAUCCAGAAAGUGCUGUGGACCGUGUGCUGCGGGUGCUUCUCCUCCACCAUGCCUUUCCGGUCCCGCUCCCCCAGUGACGUCUGA